UAAACCGCUUAUAGAAACGGUUGGAAAGACAUAAACACACACUCACACUGGCCUCUGCGGAGCGCCUGAUGCUGCGGGGAUUCCGCCUCUUUCUCCGCUUACAACAUGGAUUUCAACGUGAGGAAACUCGCUACAGAUGCUGGAAUAUUCUUCUCUCGGGCUGUUCAGUUUACAGAGGAGAAACUGGGACAGGCUGAGAAGACCGAGCUGGACACUCACUUUGAGAAUCUGCUGUCCAGAGCUGACUGCACCAAAAACUGGACCGAGAAAAUCUACAGACAGACUGAAGUUCUGCUGCAGCCAAACCCUGGUUCUCGAAUCGAAGAGUUCCUGUAUGAAAAGCUUGACCGGAAGGUUCCACCGCGGGCCACUAAUGGAGAGAUAUUAGGACAGUUCAUGCUGGAGGCAGCGAAGGAGUUUGGACCAGGAACCCCGUAUGGAAGCACCCUGAUCAAAGUGGGCGACUGCCAGAGGAGACUGGGUGGCGCUGAGAGAGAGUUUCUGCAGACUUCUUCCAUCAGCUUCCUCACACCCCUGCGCAACUUUCUGGAGGGAGACUGGAGGACCAUUUCUAAAGAGCGGCGACUCCUGGAGAAUCGGCGCUUGGAUCUCGACGCCUGUAAAGCUCGACUCAAGAAGGCCAAAGCAGCAGAGGCCAAAGCGGCGGCUGCUCCAGACUUUCAAGAGACCAGGCCGCGUAAUUAUGUGCUGUCUGCCAGUGCAUCUGCGCUCUGGAAUGAGGAGUUUGAUAAAGCGGAGCAUGAAUUGCGAGUUGCUCAGACAGAGUUUGACAGACAGGCUGAGGUCACCAGAUUGCUCCUGGAGGGCAUCAGCAGCACACACGUGAAUCAUCUGCGCUGCCUGUGUGAGUUUGUGGAAGCGCAGACGGUGUAUUACAACCAGUGCCACAAAUACAUGCAGGAGCUGCAGAAAGAGCUGGGCAGUUCCAGUGGAGACAUAAGAUGCCCCGACUCAUUGGAGGUGAAUUCCCACGCCGUCGGCAGCCCCACAGACCCGUCCGCCUUCCUGCCACUAAAUUCUCCAUCUCCAGGCACAGACGCUCUUCAGAUUGAAGAAGUGCAGCCGCCCGCCAGCGGCACGCGCAAGGCCAAAGUCCUGUAUGCCUAUGACGCAGGAGAUUCCAGUGAGCUCUCACUGCUGGCUGAUGAGCUCAUCACAGUGUACACAGUGCCUGGAAUGGACUCUGAUUGGCUGAUCGGAGAGAGAGGAAACCAGAAGGGGAAGGUGCCUGUUACAUAUCUGGAGCUGUUGAGCUAAAGAGGCGAGAAACAAACACACACUCUUCCACGUACUGACACACAGUUUCCAGCUUUAACACCCAAACAGAAUCAUGGACGCUUAUGAGAACGACCCAUUUACCGAAAAGCAAACUGUUGUGUGUUUACAUGCAUGUCAGGGGGCUUUGUUUCUGUUUGAUUAUAAUAUUUAAGAUGUUCACACUGUCUCUGACAGUUUUAAUGAUUGAUGUUGGAGAAGCUCAUGAAUAUUGACAGACAUUUGAGUGGGAAUCAGGUCAUCACAGUAAUAUUAUAAUCCGUCCUUCUUUUUUAAUACCGAACAUCUCAAACCCUUAUGAAUUAUUAAAUGAUGUUAAUACCCACUAAUUCAUAAAACAUAUAAUUCUUUUUAAAUUUCAGACUAACAUUAAAUCACACACAUUCACCACUACAAAUCUAAUAAUUCAUUCACAAAUGCCUGAUUAUGAGCACAUGCAUGUAUGUGCCUGUUUUCUGCACUAGUAACUGUUCUGUGGUCAGUCAGAAUGUCUUUUCUGCCUUCACUAUAUAAUUGAUGAUCUUUAUUCAGGUUCUCCUGAAGCUGACCGCUGAUCUAAGCUCAAUAUUAGAUGUUCAUCUACACCGUCUAAGCAUAUUUGCACUGUUUGGCGAGUUAGUUUCGUAUAAAGCCUAAAUUAAAGGGAUAGUUCACCCAAAAGUGAAAAUUAUCCCAUGAUUUACUCACCGUCAAGCCUGUGUACAUGACUACCUUCUUUCAGACUAACACAAUGGGAGAUAUAUUUAAAAAUAUUCCAAGCUUUAUAAUGGUAGUGAAUGGGGGGCGAGAUUUUGAAGCCCAAAAAAAUGCAUCUAUCCAUCAUAAAUAUAAUCCAUACGGCUCCAGUGGGUUAAUAAAGGCCUUCUGAAGCGAAGCGAUGGGUUUUUGUAAGAAAAAUAUCCAUAUUUAUAACUUUAUUAACUAUUAUAACUAGCUUCCGGCAGACGGCCGUACGCAUCGAUUUGUGGCGGAAGAGUAACCUUUGACCUGACGCAUGACGCAAUGACGAACGCGGAAGUGCAAAGGAUAGCGCAAAACAAAACACCGGUCACGAAUUAGAAGUCUAAAACGAGAAAUUUUAAAGAGAAAUGUCGGAGGAUUUCGCCUUUAUUAACCCCCUGGAGCCGGAUGGAUUAUUUUUACGAUGGAUGGAUGCAUUUUUUGGGGGCUUCAAAAUCUCGCCCCCCAUUCACUACCAUUAUAAAGAUAUUUUUUAAAUAUAUCUCCGAUUGUGUUCAUCUGAAAGAAGAUAGUCAUAUACACCUUGGAUGGCUUGAGGGUGAAUAAAUCAUGGGGUAAUUUUCAUUUUUGGGUGAACCAUCCCUUUAAACAGCCUUAAGCGUUGAUCACUGCAAAUAAUGUCUACAACAGCAUCGCUGUUAAAAAUAUUCCAUGCAGUGUCUAGAAUAUGAACAGCCUUAAAUUCUUCUUCGGCAAAACUUGUUUUUCAUGCAUGAGGAAGCUGAUAGCGCACUAAUAGCUGCUCAGAUUUACUGCUGUAAGUGCCACUUAAGUAUUUUUUUUUAAUCUCUUUUAAUUAGACAAAAUGUAAACAAAAUUAGUAUCUCCAUUUUUAAGGCCCAAUUUGACAUGAUUUAUUGUAACUAUUAUUGUUUUGAAAUUUGCUGUUGCCACAUUCCAUUGUUCUUUUAAGUCUCGUCUUUAUCACCUCUCAAACUAUUCUGACUGAUGUAAUUAUAAUAAUAAUAUUUUUAUUUAUUUAUGUAGUUUCUAAAACCCAAGGUUGCUUUGUGUGUUGAUUGAUUCUUGAAUGAUUUAUGCCAUCAUGAACUCACUGCACUGCACAACACUGUUUUAUAUGACGCCUAUUAAUGUUUUUAUUUUAAAUUAAUUUUAGACCUUUCUUGGUUUAGAGUUUGACUUUAUAGCUUACUUCCUGUUUAUUUAUUUAUUUUUUAGUGCCAAAGUGCAGCUAAACAUUAUUUAGAUAUUGUGACGUUAUUUAGAUAUUGUGUUCAAUGUGCAGUAUUUAUUGUAUUAUUUUACAUCUGAUGUUUUUAUUCUUUUACUUUUAUUGUAAAUCGUUGUGGUUUAUGUAUAAUGGUCAACCCAUAUAAGCCAAAAACCAUAUAAGCUGCAGUGACGCCCUCUGUUGGUCACUUCUUGUUUUUCCAGCUCUGUUUUGCUCUUCAUUGUAUUUAAUGCGAGCUCUCCAAACCAUGCUGAGAGAAUCAGGCUUAAUAAUGUAAUAAAAGUCAUUUUAUUGAUA